UGUUAACAGAACUUACCGCCUUGGCAUGAUCUCAUGUGCACUGGAGACAUUAACUGUUAUUCUCUCCUCCGCACCACCCCACGGUUGUCUCUGCCAGAUCCCAAGGUCCCCCAAGAUGACUUCCAAGCUUGCUCAGAAUCUGAAACAGCCGGCCCUGGACUUUUUGUCCUAUGUCAAUGCUUCUCCCACCCCUUUCCAUGCAGUCCAAUCUUCCAAGGACCUCCUGGUGAAGGCGGGCUUCCAAGAGAUCAAGGAAAAGGAUUCCUGGGCGUCCACCUGCCGUCCUGGCGGAAAAUACUAUGUCACUCGCAACCAGUCUACCAUUGUGGCCUUCGCCAUUGGUAAGAAGUGGCAGCCUGGUAACCCUAUCUCCAUGAUUGGGGCGCACACCGAUUCCCCCGUGCUACGGGUUAAGCCUGUUAGCAACAAGCGCGGAGAGGGCUAUAUCCAAGUGGGUGUCGAAACCUACGGAGGAGGCAUCUGGCACACAUGGUUUGACCGCGAUUUGGGAGUUGCGGGUCGGGCUAUGGUGCGCAACGGCGACGGCUCUAUCGUGCAAAAGCUGAUCAAGAUUGACCGGCCAAUCCUGCGCAUCCCUACCCUGGCUAUCCACCUCGACCGCCAGGAAACCUUCGCCUUCAACAAGGAGACCCAGCUCUUCCCCAUUGCCGGUCUUGUGGCCGCCGAGCUUAACCGCACCGGUGCCAGCGAGUCCAGUAAGGCUGAGAACACUGAGGAGGAGACGGGAGAAUUCUCACCUUUGAAGGCGAUCACUGAGCGUCACCACCCAUACCUGGUCGAGCUCAUUGCCGCCGAAGCUGAUGCCAAGCCUGCUGAUAUUCUCGACUUUGAGAUGAUUCUCUUCGAUACGCAAAAGUCUAACCUGGGUGGCUUGCUGGAUGAGUUCAUCUUCUCUCCCCGCCUGGACAAUCUAAACAGCUCUUUCUGUGCCACCGUGGGCCUGAUUGACUCUGUUGCCGAUGCCUCAGCUCUGGACAAUGAGCCGGCCAUCCGUCUCAUUGCUUUGUUCGACCACGAGGAAAUUGGCAGCCGAACCGCUCAGGGCGCCGACUCCAACAUGCUUCCUGCCGUGAUUCGUCGUCUGUCCGUGCUUCCGUCAACAACCAGCAGCGAGGACGAUGUCUCUACCGCUUAUGAGCAGACGCUCUCCACCUCGUUCCUUCUUUCCGCCGACAUGGCCCACGGAGUCCACCCGAACUACUCCCCUAAGUACGAGAACGACCACCGGCCGCAAAUCAACAAGGGGCCUGUGAUCAAGAUCAACGCCAAUGCGCGCUACGCGACCAACUCCCCCGGUAUUGUCCUGUUGCAGGAAAUUGCUCGCAAGGCCGCCGAGGAUGGUGGUGAGGGUGUGCCUCUGCAGCUUUUCGUCGUUCGCAAUGACUCUAGCUGCGGCAGUACCAUCGGCCCUAUGAUGUCAGCCAAGCUGGGAGCUCGUACUUUGGAUUUGGGAAACCCUCAGCUCAGCAUGCACAGUAUCCGCGAGACCGGCGGUACUUACGAUGUUGGCCAUUCCAUCCGGCUGUUCACCAGCUUCUUCAAGCACUACGCCGACCUCUCCAAGACCAUCUUCGUCGAUUAGAUUAGAGAUUAGCCAUUAGUUUCCCUGUUCUAAGAAAUACCUCAUUAUCA